GGACCUUGGGGAGGACGACGAAAAGUCGUGGCGCAUUUCAACUCGCAGCCUCGUCGUCCCGUACGAGUUUUUGAUACGAGCGAGUGUUUCGAGAGUGUCGUGGACUGCCGAAAGUGAAGUGUCGAGCGUUCGUGCCGACUCCGUCGUGUCGGAUGCAUGGUAUGAAGUCAUAUCGCGUUCAAUCGUGUUUCACGUCUUCUCCGUUGCCUCGUAUUCCGAGUUUUCGACGCGCGUGAAUACCGGAAUUGUUUUGAGAGUGCCACAAACGAAGGGUCGUGCGUUCGUGCCAAGUGUGAAUCUAGACGAAUCAUCAUGAGGAGGAUCUUGAACGUUCGAGAACUGCGGUCGAGGCGGAGUUAAAUCGCGGAGCGAUCUACAGCGGCGAAUGAUAUUUCUCAUAAAAAUUCAACGAUGAAAGGAAGUUAACACACCUCGUCGUCGAUUUAUAGUAAAAUAAACGAAUCGCAGCCGGUUCGUCGCGUCGCGCGUUUUUUUUCCGGGAGUGCCGUUUAAGUAUUGGACUAAUAAACUUUUCAUAACUCCCAUUCGAUAGAAUCCUAAUUCGAGGACCGGGAAUCGCACCCCCGCUGCUUGGCAGUGAAUAUCCUCACUGGGGCGUUGCGUAUGGUGGUCGUGCGCGGCGCACCGCGACGUUCCAUGCCGAAGUGCCCGUGCACGAGGUAAUGCCGGGCCGCAUGUACGACAUGCCCCGUGUGCAUGUUGCGCGGUUGUCUGGUUGUGUGAGGUUACACGCUCUGUCUCUGACGAUCGGUUCGGUCCUAAGCGGUUAGAAUUUGGAUCAGUUGCCUUGGAUUCGCACGUUUCUCUUGCUCUCGUCCACCUAAGGCUUUCUUAGAUCCUUGAUACUCUUUUUGGAUUCUUUGGAUCUGGGGUUUGAGCUAGGUGAAUCACAUUUAAUCUGGCUUGGUCAGAACUUGGCCUUGUAGGUUAAGCUUGUGACGAGAGGCUGGCUCUCAUUUCCUGAUUCGUCUAAAAUGCUAGACGUCGGCAAUGAGUACCUUCUUCUCUCGUCCUGCCGGAGUGUCUUGUCGACGCCGCUUGGAUAUAAGAUCCAGUGGGACUGAUCUCGAUGAUCCGUUGGCUGGGCGUAUGAACGAGUCAAUUUUAGACGUGAUUUUUGUGAGACAAGAGGCGUAGGAAUUUAAUACCAUUGAUUUCGUUUUCUUCCGCGUGGGGUUUACCCUUGUUCGGGGGCGGGUACGCGUGCGUUCUACUCGCCGACUCGGGGUGCUGAAUCCACGGGAAUCCCUCUCAAUGGGAACUCAUAUCAUGGGUUUUAUAAAUCCGAAGUGCCGCAGUGUGUUCGUGCGAAAGACUUUUAUAGAUAUUUAGUCCACGCGCGCAAAUUUAGUAUAUUAUUCGCGAGUGUUCCGCGUGUGCAACCGUGUGUGAGAGGAAGAGACUCAACAACCUCUGAGAGGAGGAGAAGGCCUGGGAGAGCCAUCGGGCCUCAGCGGAGCAACCUUGGGUAAUCACCGUAGCUUCGUUGCUGAUUACUCCGCUCGUUGCGCAUCGGGUCGAUACGACUUGAUUCCCCGCUUCGAGUCACGUCAUGUCUUGUUUCGGCGGUCACGACGAGCAGAUCUACCUAAUCGAGAUACUGAUCGAUAAAUUGACGUUGACGCCCGGCAAAAUCAAAGACGUCAGCGGGCAUCCUAUCGUGAUCAAGAUCAAACUCUUAGAUUUCCCUGUGUUCGAGUUCACGCGAGACGACUCGGACGCGUCAAAGCGCGAUCAGGACUUGCGCUUUAUGAUCGGUAAAUGCUGCUUAUUCAUCAAGCGACCGCGGGAUCUGGUUCAAGAACUACGCUCGUCGAGCCUGAAGAUCGGCGUGUUUCGCGCAGGCGACACUUAUCCCACCGCGGAGACUGAAUUGACUUUACCAGGAUGUUUGUGCGACCAGGUCGCCAUGAUCGGCAACGAUCCUGAAAAUCAGCCAAAACCGUUCAAGGUGAAGGGCGAUAUCCACCUUUUAGACCCGGGUGAAAAUCCUUCCGGCACGCUGAAUAUGGAGCUCAUUGUUGCGUGCCUCGGACGCAUCUUCAGGACGAACUAUGAGCUGCACCCCAAAUCUGUCGUUUCCGGUGAACAGGACAAGGAACGAGAGAUCUGUGUAAAGCGAUUUGUAUCGCCAGAUCUUCUCGAUAAAAAAAUCGCGGUGUUGCAGAAACUUAAACCGAAAACUAAGAAAAAGAAACUACCGAAAGGUAAGAAAACGAAGAUAAAGGACAAAGAUAAAAAGAAGAAAGUCAAGAAGUAAACUUUGUAGAUGUUUUCCAAGAACUCUGAA